AGAGUGGGGGAAAAGCCAACAACCUGAAAGGGAAAAGUAUACAGUGAGUAGGAAACUCGAAAGAAACGGCACGUCGCCCCACCGGUGAAUUCGACCGCCGUGUGCUCGUGAAGGAAACAGAUACCUUGUUGCUCUGAGCAUUGGGCACAGGGUAAUGGCGUACAGGAGGAGAAUCCCUAGAACCAGUGACCCAGUCACCAUUGGAAGGAGAACUUAUGGCAUCAAGGUCAACCAUUUACCGCAGGACAUGAGCAAGGAAGAAUUGAAGACACUCUUUCAGCGAUUCGGAAGCAUCGCCGACGUAUCCCUCAAACCCGGGAGCGGUGAGUGUUACGCUUUUGUCAAUUUCCACUCAAACUCGUGCGCCCACGAGGCAGUGAGCGAGAUGAACGGGAAAGUGUUCCACGGGAAGCGAAUCAACUGCAAGGUCCAAGUAGAAGAGAUUAGGUCGCCCUCUGUAGGGGGGUACACCGUUAAAGUCACAUUCGUUUCAAAGAACACAACAGAAGCCACACUCGCAGAGGUAUUUGGCUUUGGAAACCAAAACUGCAUUCAGAGCGUUAGGAUGGUUCCCUGUUCCACGGGCUUUAUUUACAACUACGCCUACGUGAACUACUUCUAUUCACGUGACGCCGAAAAAGCAGUAGCUGAAUUAGACCAGUGUCUAGUUGAUGGGUGUGCAGUCAGGGUCAAGCUACACACCGGUCAAGUUGGCUCUCCCUCGGCAGAUGCUCCGAUACACAGAGUAGCAAGUUACUCAGGUGGACACGCCCCUGCAGUUGUACCACAGCCUGGGAGCCCUUCACUGGCCACACAAAGGCACAUGUCACGAGCAAUUUCACAACCCGCAUUCGCGGCUUUGGUCAGCAGUCUUUCCAGCACUCCGGGUCACCGACACGUGCCAGUGUGCAUCCAAGAAAUGUCUAUCUGCAACCAGGUACCGAGAGGGUUAUUAAUGUACCUCCAGGGA